CAUCAGAGGCAAUUCAGAAGUGGACAUAUAUGCUAUGCAGAUGGAAAAAUAAGUGGGUAUACACCGUGUCCUGCGUAUAGCCUCCACUACGCUACUGGGGAAUGGUCAUGUGAAAUGCGUUGUCAGCGUCGUUACUACGUUUGCUCGAAACUGGGAUCGUCGCCCAGUCUCUGUGUCCGCGGGCUGAACUCCGCCUGGGACGUCGGGCUGCGGCGCUGAGGACACACGGAACACACGGAACACACGGAACACGCCGUCUACAACCGGCGGAGCAGCGGUGUCGUCGCGCUCGUUACGCGCCGAGUUGCCACAGUGACCUCUUUGUCUCGGCGAGUCGCCUGCGUCGGAAGGUGAGCUGCUUCCGGGGAGAACAACCUUCACGCAGAAAAUCUAAAUGAAGACAUGGAUACAUUGAUGACUCCGGACCAUUGUUUUCGCUUUCACUAUUUGAAUGGAUUAAUGUUUGGACUGAUGAGAUAAGAGGACGCAGAUCUGAAAGGACACUGACGUUUGGACUGAGCUCCCUCAGCCAAUGGCUACGAUAGAAACCAAAGGGACCUGCAGCAGCACUGCUGCCGGUCUCUCAUGGGCACGGGUGUGUAAGGAGUGUGGCCAGCAGCACGAUGGCCUGGACAACCACCUGUACGAGUACCAGGACGAGGUGGACGACGAGCUGGUUUGCCACAUCUGCCUGCAGCCCCUACUCAGACCCAUGGACACCCCCUGUGGCCACACUUACUGCUUUCACUGUCUGAGCAACUUCUUGAGAGAGCAGGACUUCUGCCCUGUGGACCGCCAGCGGCUACAGUUACAUCAGUGCCGUCCCUCCAGCCUGCUGGUCAGGAACCUGCUGGACAAGCUGAUUGUGAUGUGCCCUCACUAUGAAGAGUGCCAGCAGCAGAUGCAGCGCUGUGAACUGCAGCCUCACUUGCACAACAGAUGUCCUGUUUUCAGACGACUGAAAGAGGAAGCAGAGAAGAGGAAGAGGCCCUCCUGGAAUGAGUUAAAGGGACGUAAGAGUGACGGGGAGUCGCCUGGUGAUGCUAAACAUUCAGCAACACCCCGGGAUCAGCCGGAGCCUGGGCUGAUCAAUCCUGCCUACGAGGAAAGUGAGGAUGACAACACCCCUCUUCGGUCUAGUCUGGUUGCCGAGGCCAACAUGGUGGAGCUGUUCAGAGAGGAGCCGGAGGAGGAGCUGGGCUUUCGCAUCGUGGGGGGGAAGGACACUCCGCUGGGGAACAUAGUCAUCCAGGAGAUUGUCCGGGACUCGCUAGCAGCUCGUGAUGGCAGACUGGCCCCAGGGGACCAUAUCCUAGAGGUGAACGACAUCAGCUUGGCUUCAGUCCCCCAUGCGCGGGCCGUCGCAGUGCUGCAGCAGCCUUCCCUCCUCAGACUCACCGUUAUGCAGGAGAAAGGUUUCAAAACGCGGGAGCCGCGGUCUGACCAUCACCCUUCCUCGUCCACAACUUCCUCCACCGCCUCCCAGCCCUCUCAGAGUCCCCACGGCAACGCCACCUCGAGUCACAACCCCGGCACAGUCCUACAGGUGACGCUGAUGAAGAGUCAGCGCAGCGAGCCGCUCGGCAUCAAACUCAUCCGCAAAUCGGACGAGAGCGGGGUUUUCAUCCUGGACUUGCUGUCUGGUGGUUUGGCAGCCAAAGACGGAAAACUGAGGAACAAUGACAAAGUGUUGGCCAUUAACGGCCACGACCUAAGACACGGUACACCUGAGAGCGCUGCCCAGAUCAUACAGGCCAGUGAGGUUCGUGUGAACUUUGUGGUGAUGAGACCUGCAGAGACUCAGGAGGAAGGAGGAAGCGGCAGAGAGGGUCAACACAGCAGAGCGGCCAGGAGGGCGCCCGAGCCACAGUACUUCAAACGCCGGUCCACCUACAUGAAGGAUCCUCCGGGUGGGUUUUCCAGCCAGGAGAAGACCGUGAGCCUGAAGAAGGAGCCUCGGCUUUCCCUAGGCAUCACCAUCGCCGGGGGGAGGGACUGUCGCAGCCGCCUGCCCGUGUACAUCACGAGUGUGCAGCCUGUCGGCUGUCUGCACCGAGAUGGCACCAUCAAGAGAGGUGACAUUCUCCUGAGCAUCAAUGGCGUCGAUCUGACCCAGCUGACCUACAACGAGGCAGUUUCCGUGCUCAAGGCUCAAACGGCUCAGUCCCAGGUGGUGCUCCGCGUCAUCCAGACGCUCUCCGAGGACUUGGACGAGGAGACCGAGGCUGCCAACAUGGACGAACUGGACCCCAUGGACGAUCCACGAGACGACGCCCUCAACUGGACGCCGCUGUGGACUCGCUGGCUGGGCUUACCGAGUCACAUGCACUGGUGCCGGGACAUCGUCCUGCAGAAGACCAACAACGAGAGCUGGGGCUUCAGUAUCGUCGGGGGCUACGAGGAGAGCCACGGCCAGCAGCCUUUCUUCAUCAAGACUAUUGUGCCUGGUACACCUGCUCACUUUGACGGACGCCUCAAGUGCGGCGAUGAGAUCGUGGCGGUGAACGGAGCCACAACAGUGGGAAUGAACAACUCGUCUCUCAUCCCCAUGCUCAAGCUGCAGAAGAACAAAGUCACGCUGACGGUGGUGUCCUGGCCCGGCAGCCUGGUGUAGAAAACACAUGCACAUUCCCUCUCUCUCUUUCUCCCUCUCUCUCUCUCUGUCUCUCACACGCACACACAGACUUUGCCCUGUUCAGCUGCAUUCUUGACUGGUCCACUCACCACUCUCUCUCCCUUCCAUAUGUUACUCAUCGUUUGGUUACGUUCUUAUUAAGGCUUUUAAAUCAGUUACGUAGCACCGAACACGUGUGUGUGUGUGUGUGUGAACAUAAGAACCGUCCCGUGUACAAUGGUGCCGUUUGUCUCAAUGUGUGGUGAUGUCACAGGGCAGUUUUUAUCAGGGUGCAAGACGACGACAAUCAGUGAAGUACUUUAUAUGCUAAGGACAAACCGGAAGGACCGCUACUUUUCAGACACCGGUUUUAUCCUCUACCGAAGCUUUAUCUAUAUUUUUGUGUUGGCUAAUGUUAUAGUUUAGUUGAUCAACUUGAUCCACAUAAACAGCAUCCAAAGAUGAAAUGUAGAUGUAGACAAGUUAUGUAAUGAUGAAUUGUAGUAGAUGGGUAGCUGCUGAUUGUAUAGACUGAUGCCAAAGACAGAAAAAAGCAUCCUCUCUUUUAAGUGUUAUCAACAUUAUUUUUUAUUGUACUUUUAAAACGUGGCUUCAACAAAAUGAUGAAGCCAUGAUGGAAAUAUAUUGGAAAGUAUAAUUUCAGCAGCUAUGGAUUAGAAAAAGAGACUUAUUUUAACCAUUGUGGUUUUUAGGAAAGGUAUAGAAAGAGAUCUGCCCUCACCUUAGGUUUGACACUUUGAUCGGCCUGAUGUCGACAAGAACGUUCAGUUUAAAGGAUCUGAAAAAUCUGAUUUUAGCCAUAAAAGUGAAACCGUACGUUCCCAUAAACUUCACAGGAACGAUGAACGGACCAUUUUAUCAGAACUACAUGAAGUUCAUUUCCUUGAUUUUAGCAACAACCGGGAACUGUGAGUCUGUCGAUAGAAUCAAAUAAAUCUGUGAUGCAUUUUUGGUUGUUGUUAAGCCAUAAGCAAGACAACUUUUUGUUCAACUUUUGAUUUAUCAACCGAUCCGCGCCCCUGUACGAGAGCUCUGUAUUUAUUUCAAAUGAUACGCUGCCUCACGUUGAAUGACUCUGUUAAGCGGGUGCCUUGUAGACAUUGAAGGACAAACCAGAAUGUAAACUUGCCUUAAAUUGCCACUCUACCAAAUGUGUUUCCUCUCAUUCUUCAUUCUCAUUACGUAGUGUAUAUACCUUGAAUAUUUCCUCUCAUUCUUCAUUCUCAUUACGUAGUGUAUAUACCUUGAAUAUGAAUUCAAAGAUGGAUGGCCUAGUCCAGAUAAAUUUGAUUUACUUUUUGUGUCAACACAUUCCCUGUGGCCUUUCUUGUAUCUUAACUGGUGCAACACCUAUAAAACAAUUCAGAAUACUGUCACAGAAUUAAUGUUUGAUUCAGUGAGUGACUAUGAAAUAUUUGUUGUGUAUGCGUUGGCCCGUCCAUCGUUUCAUUAUGUUCAAUAAAAUCAUAAUAGAUCUUGC